AUGAAAAGGACUCGUAGAGAUACUACUAAGGCUUCAUCAUCUCGACGUGAUAGACAAUGUCUCACAACCUCAACGAGGAGACAUAAAGCGGCGAGGUUAGCCCCUCAAGAGGACCAGCCCCAACAUGAACCCCUAAACCACUUUGAGGAUACUACAGAGGUUGAAGAUGUAGCUGCUACUCAUGAUAGUAAUGUUGAGGUAGAUGUCAAGCCUACUGAGCCAUCUCGAGUAAGUCCCAUUGAUCCAUCUUUACUUACGAGUUUUAAAACUCACAUAGCAGCUGCAAUUUGGAAUAACCAGGAACGUGAGCCCCUUAGGUGCAUGUCAAAGGCAUCUACUCUUCAUGAGUGGAAUUGGUGGGCUAAUCCAAAUAAUAGUAUAUUCAAAUGGUACAUUUAG